GACGCAAACCUCUGCACAUUUCCUUACGCUUUUGUUUUUCGACUCCUGGAUAGAGACAUAGCAUGAAUAUGUGGUCCGCAUUGGUUUUGUUUACCCUCAUAGUGCCCUGCACUACAGAGUUUGCACCCCCUUUAUUGAUAAGCCUGGAUGAUCCCCCCGGAACACGAUGGGCGCCAAUACUGAAAGUAUUUGACAUUAAGUAUCUGAAUGCCGCAAUGUCUGAAAUAAUUGACACCACGGUUCCAAAAUGGGUCCAUAAAGCUGUGACUCCUGUGGUGCUUGCUUUGGAGAAGUAUAUUCCUGAGCCGUACGCAGGCGAGAUCCGUGGCAUGGCUUCUCUCUCCGGAGCCAGCGUCUCAGACAUUAUACUGCUUAACUUUGCCUAUGAAAUAUCUGCAUUUUGUACAAGCAUUGUUGCUCAAGACACCAAAGGAAAUGUGUACCAUGGUAGAAACCUUGAUUACCCAAAGAAAGUACUGAGGAAUCUGACUGUCAACGUACACUUUAUGAAGAAGGGGCAGGUGGCUUAUCGUGGCACAUCGUUUGCUGGCUACGUGGGCCUGUGGACAGGACAGAGUCCCAAAAGGUUCACCAUAUCUGGGAACCAGCGUGGUAAGGAUCGCUGGUGGAACUGGUGGAAGAAUGUAAUCUCUGCUCUCCUUUUGAAGAGAUCCCCGGUCAGCUGGUUGAUCAGGGAGACCUUAGAAGGAGCAGUGGACUUCCAGAGGCUGUCCAAGACCCCCAUUAUCACAGGGGUCUACUACAUCAUUGCGGGGGUGCGGCCGGGGGAAGGAAAGGUGAUAACCAGGGACAGGAAUGGCCCUGCUGAUAUCUGGCCGUUGGAUCCUUUGAACGGAGGAUGGUACCGUGUAGAGACAAACUUUGACCAUUGGCAGCCUUCCAAAGGCGCGGGUCAUCGUCGAAGAGACGAAGCCGUCAAGGCGAUGGAUGCUACCGGACAGAAAAACAUCAACUUGGCUACUCUUUAUCAGGUUUUGUCUGUGUAUCCAGUGUGCAAUGGAAUUACUGUUUAUACCACCACCAUGAGUGCAGCAAUUCCCGGGGAAUACAACACUCUUGUCAGGCCACAGGGUUGUCACGGCAAAUGCGGGGAGCAACAGAAAAGAGUGGAACCAUACAGCCAAACUAAAUUGUAUUAGCAUUUCAUGCAAUAAAUGGUU